AUGGCGGAUAUGAUACUGCCCAAGGGCAUUGUCUUCAACAAGGAGUCGGUCUAUCAAGAGAUAGCAAAGUUCGACGUUGUUCCCACAGAUCAUAUACUGAAGGCCUGUCAUGUGUUUUCCAUAACAUCGCGGGAGCUAUUCGAUCCAACCGCAAGACGGUUGGAGAACUUCUGGACACGCGUCCUCGGUGGCGACAGACGCCACCUUCCUGGCACAGUCAUUGCACGAUUAUUCAGAGAUAUAUCCGAAGAACCCCCUUUCGUCAAGCUACGAGGGCCACCAAACAGAUACGAGCCUCCAUCUCCUAAAUCACAAGCCAGUGAGACUCGGAAAGUCCAGGCCAUCCUUGAGGAAUCCACAGUCAGACCGGAGGAGGUGAGAUCGAAAGGGAAGGGAAGGGGCAAGGGCAAGGGGAAGGGGAAGGGGAAAAUGGUACCGCCAUCGCCCUCAUCAUCGAAAGUACCGCAUCCUAUUCUGAAGAAGCCUAGGGGGCCCUCAGCUUCUGGACCUCGGCCUACAGCUCGAUUCGUAUCUCCCUCAGGAUCAGAUGCAGAAGAUGACGAUGCGCGCGAAAGCGAGGUUGCCUCUUCUGACAGCACAGCUGUGACCCCGAGCAUCGAUUCGAAUGCAACGGUUAAGGAGGAGAAGAAGAAGCCUCCCAACACUACGCCGAAGAAGAAGACGACCUCGUUCAUGGCCUCCACAUCGUCGAGGCGUAGACCGGCCAUGCCUCGACGCCCAAGUUCACAGUCUACUAUCACUAGCACGACUAGUGGGCCUGAGGUUGGUCCAAAAGAGGAAGACUAUUCGCAGGCAGCUCCCUCGACUAUGUCAGAAACGUCGGGGAAAGGAUCACGAGCCGCAACGAUCGAACAGGAAGGCAAAGAGCGAUUGACUGCUAAAGCAGCCGGAAAACGUCCAGAUAGGCGAUCAUCAGCCGAUAAAGUUAUACCCUUGAGGCCCAGUGGCCCACAAACGGGAAACCAAGAAGACAGACCUGUUACGGUGCAAGAGGAGGCAAAGCGGCCAACGACCCCCUCAAAGAGUAAAGGGAAGGCUCCGGCAACUGCAAGUGGCAUCGCUCAUGAUGUCUCCGAACGGCCACGCGUCGACAUCACCUCUCCCAUGCACCGAUCUAGAUCGGGGAUCAACUCUCCACGGCCUGGGUCAAGAGACUUGAACCGUAGUCGGGUCACAACGCCGCAAAGCUUGAUAUCACCAAGUACGGCUACGAUUUCGAAUGCCACAGCUCAGGGAACCAUCAUUGAAUUUGAUGAAAAUGCGCCCGCGAAAGAGGCAGUAACAGGUGUGAUGCGCGAGCUAGAGGACAAUCCGAGACCACAGCAGAGUACGCCAGCUGUGUCCGGGACGUCUGAACGCAACACCCGAUUCACUCCUACGCAGCCGAAUCCCACACCGGACGUGCCACUAGGCCGAUCCAAGAGCCAGCUGACUCUACUUCUCGAGCGUCAGAACGAGAAAAAACCUCGGCGGUAA